AUGGAGCCCUUGAAGAGCCUGUUCCUCAAGAGUCCCCUGGGAUCUUGGAAUGGCAGUGGCAAUGGGGGCGGCGGGGGUGGUGGCGGGGGCCGGCCGGAGGGGUCCCCGAAGGCAGCGGCUUAUGCCAACCCUGUGUGGACAGCUCUGUUCGACUAUGAGCCCAAUGGGCAGGAUGAACUGGCCCUGCGGAAGGGCGACCGAGUGGAGGUGCUGUCCCGGGAUGCGGCCAUCUCUGGCGAUGAGGGCUGGUGGGCAGGCCAGGUGGGCGACCAGGUGGGCAUCUUUCCAUCCAACUAUGUGUCGCGGGGUGGUGGCCCGCCCCCCUGUGAGGUAGCCAGCUUCCAGGAGCUGCGGCUGGAGGAGGUGAUUGGAAUUGGGGGCUUCGGCAAGGUGUACCGUGGCAGUUGGCGGGGUGAGCUGGUGGCCGUGAAGGCGGCUCGCCAGGAUCCCGAUGAGGACAUCAGUGUGACGGCUGAGAGCGUGCGCCAGGAGGCCCGGCUUUUUGCCAUGCUGGCGCACCCCAACAUCAUAGCCCUCAAGGCCGUGUGUCUGGAGGAGCCCAACCUGUGCCUAGUGAUGGAGUACGCGGCCGGGGGGCCCCUCAGCCGGGCCCUGGCCGGGCGGCGCGUACCACCUCAAGUGCUGGUCAACUGGGCCGUGCAGAUCGCCCGUGGGAUGCACUACCUGCACUGCGAGGCCCUGGUGCCCGUCAUCCACCGUGACCUCAAGUCCAACAACAUUCUGCUGCUGCAGCCCAUUGAAGGUGACGACAUGGAGCACAAGACCCUGAAGAUCACCGACUUUGGCCUGGCCCGUGAGUGGCACAAAACCACGCAAAUGAGUGCCGCAGGCACCUAUGCCUGGAUGGCUCCUGAGGUCAUCAAGGCCUCCACCUUCUCGAAGGGCAGCGAUGUCUGGAGCUUUGGGGUGCUGCUGUGGGAACUGCUGACCGGGGAGGUGCCCUACCGUGGCAUCGACUGCCUUGCCGUGGCGUACGGUGUGGCGGUUAACAAGCUUACGCUGCCCAUUCCAUCCACCUGCCCAGAGCCCUUCGCACAGCUCAUGGCCGACUGCUGGGCGCAGGACCCCCACCGUAGGCCCGACUUCGCCUCCAUCCUGCAGCAGCUGGAGGCGCUGGAAACGCAGGUCCUGCGGGAAAUGCCGCGGGACUCCUUCCAUUCCAUGCAAGAAGGCUGGAAGCGCGAGAUCCAGGGCCUCUUCGACGAGCUGCGAGCCAAGGAAAAGGAACUACUGAGCCGCGAGGAGGAGCUGACGCGCGCGGCGCGCGAGCAGCGGUCACAGGCGGAGCAGCUGCGGCGGCGCGAGCACCUGCUGGCGCAGUGGGAGCUAGAAGUGUUCGAGCGCGAGCUGACGCUGCUGCUGCAGCAGGUGGACCGCGACCGGCCGCAUGUGCGCCGCCGCCGCGGCACCUUCAAGCGUAGCAAGCUCCGCGCGCGCGACGGCGGCGAGCGCAUCAGCAUGCCACUCGACUUCAAGCAUCGCAUCACCGUGCAGGCGUCGCCUGGCCUUGACCGCAGGAGAAAUGUCUUUGAGGUUGGGGCUGGGGACUCGCCCACGUUCCCCCGGUUCCGGGCCAUCCAGUUGGAACCUGUAGAGCCUGGCCAGGCUUGGGGCCGCCAGUCCCCCCGGCGGCUGGAGGACUCAAACAAUGGAGAGCGGCGAGCAUGCUGGGCCUGGGGCUCCAGCUCCCCCAAGCCUGGAGAAGCCCAGAAUGGGAGGAGAAGGUCCCGCAUGGACGAGGCCACGUGGUACCUGGAUUCAGAUGACUCAUCCCCCUUAGGAUCUCCUUCCACGCCCCCGAUACUCAAUGGUGAGUGGCCCUGUCUCCUCCCAGCAAGAUCUUGCUGAGCCCCUUCUGUGGGCUCCAUGGGGAGGCAUUCUCCUCAUUCCAGAGACAAGGAAACUGAGGCUAAGGCAGGGC